AACGGGGGCAAGGGCUGCCCUGGGUCCUGUCUGGGUGAGGGACUGUCUCGGGGUCUCCAGUGCCCUGUCCACCACAGGGCCCUGCUUGGGUGUGUGUAUGGAAGAACCAGCUGUCCCUGUACUUGGGACAUGCUGUUGACUGCUGCUCCCCACAUCUCCCCAGAGUGCCCUGUGACUAAGACAGCUGGGAAGGGGCAGUGUCUGGCCAGGGUGAGAGUGGGCCCAGGGGCUGCUGAUCAGGCUCCCAAAGGCCCCAGGGGAUGUGAGUAGAAAGGUGCUUCUGGAACCUCAGGGAACAGAGGAGUCUUGUGCUCGGUUCAUACCAUUCUCUUCCUGGGUGACUAAGGCCAGGAGUCAUGGGGACCAGUCAGCACAGCAGGCUGCCCCCUUGCCAGGCGAGGGCAAGUCUGGCCCUGAGGCCCUCAGCCUUGUGGUGGGGUUCCUGCCCAGCACAGGUUGCCAGGCCAGGGACUUCCUGGGAUGAGCCCAAGUCCCCCAUGAGCAGGGCUGGGAGAGGGAGGAGAUGGCCAGGGACCCUGGCAGGAGAGAGGAGGAGAUGGCCAGGACAGGGAGCUCGCAGAGGAGGUGCCCUGUCAGCCAGGGGCCUGGUCACAGCCUCCUGACCUCCUCAGCUGCCAGUGGGUGGGAGGAGGAGUGUCCAUAGAGGGGCAUUGACUUCUCAGGCCUGACUUCCAAAGGGCCAGGGCAGCUGGAAGCCCAUGUCUGUCUGGGUCCUCCUUGCUAGACCUUUUUUGGGCAGGCUACUUCCAUUAGGGGGACAGCCCCUGCUCUCAGCUUGGGUGGAGGUCCCUUUGGAAGUCUCUGCCGCUCUCACCUGGGAGCCCUGGUGCGCCCAGGCCGCCUCCUCUCCCCCCUGGCUGGCUCCGCCCAUGCCCUCCUGGCCGCAGGGCCAGCUGGUGUGCCUCCCACACUCAGGUCAGGGGUCAUGUGGAGUCCUGGGGGCUGGGGACAGCUCUGUGGGGCAGAUAUCCCAUCAGGACUGCUCUAGUCAUGCUCUCUGCCUGGGACAGGAUGUUCUGUGUUGGGAAGGGUCGUCAGGGCAGGGCUGGGCAGGGCCCCCACCUUUGUGGGACACUUGAAAGGGGGCGCAGGCACAGAGGGAUCCAAAGACAAGGCCCAGGCCAGGCCCAACAGGCCUUCCCAGUCCCUCCUGCCCUGGGACUCAGGGAACCACGGCGGGGGAGGUCUGAGGAGAGACCGUCCUGCCUGCCCUGCCUCCCCAAGACUUCCCUCCACAUCUCUUCCGCCACACCCCCUUGGGAGGGGCACCCGCCAGGUGAGCCCUAAAGAGGUCCCUCUGGGGCUAGUGGCUACCAGGAUGGGCCCUGGGUGUGUCUUGUUGCUGUCACUCACCCUGCCAACAGUCCUGCAGGGCCAGGACCCAGCCACCCCACCACAGGUGGCAAACUUCCAAAGUAAACAGUUCCAGGGGCAGUGGUUUGUCCUUGGUCUGGCGAGUAACACCUACAGGAGAGAAGACCGGGCUUUGCUGAAUACCUUCUCCACGACAUUUGGGCUCAACCAAAAGGGCCACUUUGAGGUCUCCAACACCAUGACCCGGGGCAAGCGCUGCAACACUUGGUCUUACGUGCUGAUCCCAGCAGCCCAGCCUGGGCACUUCACCGUGGACACCAAGGGCGAGGCUGACCCAGGCGAGAGGGCGGGGACUGGCACGUUCAGUGAAGACGUCCAGGUGGUCGAUGGCGACUACACGGUCUUUGCCCUUCUGCUGUCCAUCAGACGGAUGGGCAGCCAGACCACAAUCAGGAUCAGUCUGCUGGGCAGACACUGGAAUCUGCCCCGCUGGACACUGGACAGAUUCACCUGCCUGGUCAAAGCUCAGGGUCUCACCAAGGACAACAUCGUCUUCCCAACUGCCAUCGGUAACGCGUUCACAGGCAGUGGACAGUGGGAAAUGGAGAGCAGGCAGGCUGGGCGGGGCCUUCCAGAGGAUCCCAGGCUGAUGUCCCCAGCCCCUCCGCCAGAGCAGGCUGGUUCCUUCUCCCUCCCCCUGGUCCCCUUUCCGCCCCCUCCCAGUCACCUGCCCGUUUCCCCUCACGUCCCUCCCAGGCCCACCCCUCUCCUCUCCCUCAUGGCCUGUCCCACUGUCCCUCACCCCGCCAGAUGAGCUGCCCGACCCUGCCUGCUGAAGCUGCUGAAGGGCCUGCCUCACCCGCCCUGCCCUCCCCCACUGUCAGCACAAAUAAAGGCACUGUGCCCAGGA